GAACAAGUGAAAAAGACCUGCAUUCAACUGCACUUUAGUUUACGAGUAUAGAUUUAAAAACAUUUCAAUAUCAUUAUGAAUAAGCCUCUUAUUGGUCUGCUGUGUAUUGAUCGUAAGGAUAGUAUGAGCCCCGAAAUUUGCAGUUAUAUUGAUGAAAGGAAUGUGAAAUAUUUGGAGGAUGCAGGAGCUGGUGUUGUGCCUAUUUGGAUCAAUAGAAGUGUCGACUAUUAUGAGGACAUAUUAAGCAAAGUAAAUGGCGUUCUUUUGCCUGGUGGUGCGGUCUAUGUCAAUGAACACGAUCCUGCUCGCUUGGAUUUAACAAAUUAUUGUGUUACUGCCACUAUGAAUAUUAUACGAAUAGCUAUGAAAUUGCAUAAGAAAGGUGUUAAUCUACCGAUUUGGGGAACAUGUCUAGGCUUUCAGCUCUUGGUACUCUACACAACCCAUUUGGCGGAUGCACCUUACGGCAUUGAUGUGCGCGACAAAUGCGAGUUCAUGAAUUGCUAUUUAUCAGUGGAAUUUUUACCAGAUUUUCGUGAUUCACGACUUUUUGCCGAUUUACCUGUUGAAUUAGAGAUCAUUAUGAAGAACAACCCAUUCGGUCACCAUCGCCAUAGGUAUUGCGUGAGCCUUAAGACAGCUGAAAGUUUCAAUGAUGUGUGGCAUAUAUUGGCGAAAAACGAGGACGCGAAGCGCUUAGAAUUUGCUUCCAUUAUCGAACAUCGCAGAUAUCCGUUUUUUGGAUCGCAAUUUCAUCCAGAAUCGAAAUGCUCGUCAGAAUGUUAUAAGGUAAAAGAGUACUUAGCGAGGUUUUUUGUGGAUCAGUGUCGGAGUUGUGAUAAUCGUUUUGAAAGUGAUGAGGAGGAGCGGCGCCAUUUAAUACAAAAUUUCCCUGUUACCAUUUCCGGGAAGUCUACUGUCCGUGUAUUUGGCGACUCAGUCGAUUACCCUAAAAAAGAGAAUGUACAAAUAUCUCCUGUGUGAUCACUCUAAAGUUCCUAGAGUGUUUGAGUUCUUU